GGAGGAGGUGUGGAAGAAGAAGGGAGGCAAUUGGUGGAGGAGAACGAAAGAAACUGCGGAGUUCAGUCACUUCCGCAAUCUGCACCGUGUGAGCUCCCGGGACUGAAGCCCAUUUGUUCCCGUUUGGACCCCGCAUCCUGCGGGAGAAAGCAGCAGCAGCAGCCCGGCAGAGCCGAGGCUUUCAGAGGCAGCGGGACCCAGCGAUAGAGAGAGUCCUGAGUCCGGGGAGGAGGAGACAUCAGGGUCUGGUCUCCCAGCGGCUGAAGGCUCAGACUAUCCCCGAAAGAGAGCGCAGAUCCGCCGGGAACAUGACCGCGGACGUGGCGGUGUCUCUCUCUUUGCUCGCGGGGAUCGUCGCGCUGAGCGACGCGACCCGCAGGUCGUUGUCCUGGGCCCUCGCGGACACCGGGCUCUCGGUGUACGCGGUGGAGCUCGUGUCCACCUUCCAGCUGUGCUGCUGCACGCACGAGCUUAAGCUGCUGUCCGAGGUGGGCGGCAUCGAGACUCGACUCGCGCUCACUUUGACGUACCUGGCGUCCGUGGUCCACGGGCUCACCUUCAGCGGGGCCAUCGGCAACCCCUCCGGUACCCUUGAGCAAGCUUACCGCACGAGGCUCUCGGGCGGGUGCGCCCUGCGGCGGAUCGCGUGCCAGUUUGCUGCGGCCGCCGCUGCAAAAGCCGCGGUUCCGGUUAUGUGGGGUAUUGGGUUGUCAGGACUGCACGUGCGACACAAGCUGAACGGUUACCGGUGCAUGAGCCCCAUCCACGCUCCGCUGCCCGAGGCUGCAGCUGUGGAGCUCGCAUGCGCCUUUGCGGUUCAGACUGCUAUAACCCACACGCGAUCGGUGGAGGAGAAAUACCGCGUGCACGCGGUAGCUGCGGUCAUCGCAACAGUGGUUUACGCAGGUGGAAGCGUGACAGGAGCAGUGUUUAACCCGGCGUUGGCCUUCUCCACACAGUUUCGCUGCAGUGGGAACUCCUUCCUGGAGUACUGUCUGGUCUACUGGCUGAGCCCGCUGCUGGGUACGAUGAUCUCCGUGCUGCUGUUUGAUAAACUCGUCUCGCUGAGAUCGAUAAAGUCCUCGUCUCUCCGUCUCCCCCCGGGGACCAAGGACACCAAGAAGACGGCCUGAGCACUGCAAACCCAGAGCAUAUGUCCUUGACACUGUUAACAAGCUGCUGAUUGCAGUCGCCACGUAUUAGAAGAAGAAGAACAGCACUGAUAUGCACUUUUUUUACAGCCCUGAAGAGCACAUCCUAGAAGCUACACUCUAAGAAAUAUCUGUAAAUUAACAGAUGUAUGACUGUGAAUUUGAACAGAAACUGUCCGUUGUUCGUGAAUCACAGCUACAUUUCUCUUCAUUCACAAUAUAAUGGAAAAUGUUGAGUGUUUUUUACCAUUGACACAGUCUUUUAACUGAAAAAUUCUGCUUUUCAAUUACUGUAGAAAGUCCGGGUAAUAAGCUACCGGUCCUGUUUCUGUUAUUUUACGGAUUUGUUUCUUAGAGUGUAGCUAGUUCUUUUGUAAGAUAAAUCUCUUAACCCUUGUGUUGUCUUCCCGUUAACCAUGAACUUGCCCUUCCAGGUCAAAAUUGAAUUUUUGUUUGUGCUUUUCUGAUGCUUUUGUCACUUUUCUGAUUUAUUCCUCACUUUUUCCUCAGCUUUUGGUGCUUUUUUUUUUUUAAACCUGAGCUGGUUUAAUGACAGGUUUUACACUUAUUCUUGGACUUCAUGGUCAACAAACCUCAUUUGUAUCAAAUUAUGCACACGCUUUUUGUUAAAAAGGCAGAAAUUAGGAUUUAUUUUGACUAACAGUUAAGAUCUGAGGAUGUUGAGACAGGUAGAUGUUAAAAGUUUAGUCCGGUUUUUGAAAAAUAAUUCAAAUGCUAUAAGAUUAAAUAAAACACCCCAAAAAUUCAAUGAAAUUAUUAAUUUUACCUGAAGAACGUUGAAUCAUCCAUGUUGUUUUUGGGCAAUUUGGUUGAUAGAAAUCCAUAUUUC